CCCAUCAAGUGCGACUAUGACUCGCAUGAGAACAAAGAAAAACUGAAAAGAUGAAACAUCACCACGCCGAUCUCAUGGAGGAUGAUAAAGUAGCACGAAGAUAAAGAUGGAGGAUCUCUUCUUCAGACUUUUGGUGGUGGUGGUCUUUGAUAUGAACAUGUGACUCACAUUGUCAGUUCCUGAUGACACAUGGCGGCAAUUCCCACGAUAUGGUCCUGGCUCUUCGCCGUGUCGCUUGUGCUGCCGCUGCGAUUAGGCACAGGUGAGUUGUCUUCUUGCGUGAUCUGGUCCAGCGCAGGGCCGGUGGUCCGGCGUGGUUCCAGCCUGGAGGUGUACUGCACCUUUCGCUGCGGGUGCGGCCGCUCCAUGUACAGCGGGCACCCGCCCAGCCUGCAGCGCCACACGGUGGUCAACCACAGUACCACUUACAUCCAAGUGGAGAACAUCACCAAGGACCGGACCUUCAGUUGCUUGUGCACGUGCCUGGACCUCGACCCCUGCGGACUUGACAUCUCGGCUGGUUACCCACCGGAGACACCACGGAACAUUUACUGCAACUACACAGUGCUGAGCGAGCAGAUGGGUGAGAUGUUUUGUUCGUGGGAAAAAGGCUCUGAGACACACCUGAGAGACACUUCAGAACUGCGGGUGAGCAGUGAUUCAAAGUCUUGGCGUCCAAUCAAAAUCGAAGGAUCUGACCCCCCAUCGGCUAGAUUUGCCCUGCCCAAUGGAGUCCGGUUCAUCUCAGUGCAAGUCGCCACCCACAAUGCACUGGGGUCGGCCAUGUCGCUGCCCGCCAACUACACCCUCAGCAACAUCGUGACCCCUGCCGCUCCGGUUCUCCGAGUGCCUCGGUGCACCUCCAGGGGCUGCACCAUCAGGAUUCGGCAACCCGUGAAGACGCAAGACCUGGAGGUCCAGUAUGCUACGGAAACGGGACUGUGGACUACCGAUCCAAAUUCACAGAACAUGUCUGUGGCUUUGGAUCAGUUGUUCUCCAUCUUAUCUCUGGAGCCCUACCAGUGGUACCAGUUCAGAGCCAGGGCCAAAUUCACAACAGGACUGUGGAGUAGCUGGAGCAAUGUCACCUCCAGUUGGACUCAGGAGGAAGCACCUGCCAAGGAGCUGGACGUGUGGUACACUCAACAUCCCUUCGACUUCGAGUCCAUCAGGCUCUUCUGGAAGCCAAUGACCGUGAGCCAUGCCAGGGGGAAGAUUGUGGCCUACUUGGUGUCCGUACACAACUCCCAGUCUGUACUGGAGUUUACAUCCAACCUCAGUGCAAAUGCCACCGACACUUCUGUCACGUUUUGUGCCGAGUGUCACGUGACGGUGAGCGCCCUCAACUCCAAAGGAAUGUCCCCGCCAGCCAAAAUCCUUGCCUAUCAUGCCAAAGCAUCGGCUCAUUUGGAUGUUGACGUGAAAGCACAGGAGCGCGGUGUCGCCCUCUGGUGGAGACAACCAGAAAUGGCGGCGUCCUACGUGGUGGAGUGGUACCCAGAAGGGCUGAAGCUGCACGAGCUGCAAUGGCUCAGACUGGCAGGAGAAGAUCAUCGUGCGAUCAUCACAGGUUUGAAUGCAUCCGAGUGUUACGAAGGGGCCGUUUACGUUCUCUACACUGACGGCUCGAUGACCUGGAGAACGUUUAGACUCUUCAACACCAGCCAAUCAGUACCUAAAGUCGGCCCGUCGGUUAAAUGGAAAGCAGAUGCCACUCGAGUGACUUUGACGUGGGCGGAGCUUCCAAGGGCUCAACGUAGCGGGUGCAUCACUCAGUACACCAUCUACCUGGAAGACAGCCAUGAACAUGUGCAGCAAUACUCUGUUCAAGCGACCAAGCGGACGUUUGUGUUGGAGGACCUGCCCGUGGGUCCCCACAACCUGUGGAUGACCGCUUGGACUUCUCAGGGAGAAGGUCCGGCUUCUCUAAAAAUCCAAAUCAACAUCCAAGCUGUCGAUGGGAUCCCGGUGUUCCUCUUGGUUCUGUGCUUGCUGUUGACCGUGCCGGUGCCACUGCUGCUAUGCUUGUGUCAAAUCGGAGCCGUGAAGAAGAGGGCGUGGCUACUUUUCCAGUGCUUCAUGCUUCAAGUGGUGCCAGAUCCCGCAAACAGCAAAUGGGCAAAAGAAUACGACCAGGGGAAGGGUAAAAUGCACGCUCAGCAAAGUCAGACCGUUCUGACGGAGGAGGAGGAGCCAAUCGUUGUCAUCAUCACAGAUCCAGAAGUAGUGUCCAAUCAUAACACAGAAGAGGUGGACUCCUUACCGACCAGCCCUUCCACACCCGGGCAAUCCUUCCCCACAUACAUCAAGAGUUACUCCCACAAGUCGGAUGGCUCGGAGCAGACUCAGACCUCGCUCGAUACCGAGACUGAACAGGAGGAACAGUUUUCGGAGGAAGAGGACGAUAGGCUAUAUAAAACAGAGGAGCUGCCGACCAUUGGAAAGUUGACCCUGGAUUUAGUCAGGAUUGACUGGAGCCUCUCUGAGAACUGCUGAUCACAAACCUGACUUGACUUGUUUUUUUGAGACUUUUUCGUGGGUCCGCCUACCAAAUUUCUGAAAACUCAAAUUUCAUGUUGGUGUGGAAAACUAGCCAAAAAACUGCAAAAAAUAUGUUGUGAUAUUUUAUUUUAUCUACAAAAUGACCAUGACACAGUGAGACGUCUUAGCGUAAUGUGCACAAAUAUUUGAUGCAUUAUGUACAAUAUCAAACUUUGUUCGACCUGCUCUGUGGAGAAAAUAGCUGUCAAAAAGAUGUACGUAUGUGCGAUUAAAAUGUAUAAAUGGAUCAAACCAAGUACAA